AUGUUCUGCUUUUGGUGUACCCUGUUUGUUCCUGAAGGAGCUCACUUUAGUGAAGCUAACUGGACAAAGAUUGGCGUCAACAACUGGAAAAAAGGAGUAGAGAAUAUCAGACACCAUGAAAAUACUGUUCACAAGACCGCUGCAUUCCAGUACUCGUGUUUCAUAUCAGGAAAUGACAUCGAGCAUUCUCUGAGUGAAAGUGCCAAACUGGCCGAAAAGGAAAGAAGAGAACAAGUUGAAAAGAACAGAAAAGUAAUUAAUUAAAAGUAAUCAGAUUACGAGAGAUGAUAUAACAAAUGAAAUUAAGGAAGCUGGUAUCUUUUCGACUGAUGCUGGAUGAAACUUCUGAUGUGUCAAAAGAUGAGCAGCUCAGUUUCGUGUUCCGUUAUGCUCUGUGGGGAGAAAUUUUUGAAACAUUUCUGACAUUUAACAUUUAAGAACGUCGCGUCUACAGCAAGGGAGAUACUGUUUGGCACAGUCGACAUAAAACUUAAAGAAUUUGAACUGGAAAUCAAAAAUCUGCGAGGAUUGGGUACAGACGGAGCAGCCAACAUGACCGGAAAAUACCAAGGAUUGAAAAGUAGAAUAUUGCAGGCCAAUCCCAUUGUGAAAAGUGCCCACUGUGCCUGCCAUGCCCUAAAUUUGGUACACGUGCAAGCUUGCCAGAGCAGCAUUCCAAUAAAAGUGGGUUUUUUUUGCCACAUUGGGAGAGCUUAUAUAUAGAGGGAAGUCCUGAGCGUCACAACACAUUUUUGACAUCCAAAAAGAGCUGUAUUUAAAACCACGGUCUAUUAAGCGUCAUGUAGAGACGAGGUAGGAAACACAUCACAAAGUGAUAGAAGAUACCGUAGCAACAUCAAGUAUCCUGCUAUUAUUCGCAUGCUUGAAGGCAUUAUCGCAAAUGAGACGGAUAUACAAACUGUUGUUUCAAAGGCGAAUUGAUUACUUCUAUUUUGCGAAACCGGUUUUAAUUCAUUGCGAUGCUUGCUAUUUUUGAUAAAGUCUUAUCAUGCAGUUGACAAAUAUUUUGAGCAAAACAUUACAAACCGACAACGUAGAUCUAGCAGAGUGUUUCCAGUUGGUGGACUUCUGUAUAACGAAUUUAAAAGAAUUAAGAAAAGAGCAAGAAUUCGAAACAUUUAUUGACGAAGCCUCAAAUAUUGCUAUCGAAUGUGGUAUUUCAGACGAAUUCACAGAGAAAAGGCCGAGAAAGAAGAAGAGGUUCUUUGACGAACUGGCAAGUGAUGAAGUAGCAGAAACUUCUAAAAAAACAAUUUAAGCGCGAUGUUUAUUUUACAGCAAUCGAUGUAAUUAUUACUCAACUUAACGAGCGUUUCGACCAAAGUCGGCGAAUUUUAUUUGCUUUCACAUGUCUUUCUCCUGACAAUCGUCUCAAUAGAAGUAAAAACGACAACGAGAGCUCACUCGAUAUUUUAUUGGAAGAAUACGGAUCUGCAGGAUUGACAGAUGUAAGCACUAAUGAUGCCAUCGCGGAGUACACGCUGUUCCAGACAAGGUUUAAAGAGCGACUUAAAGAGCGGUUUAAAGAGACAAAGGUAUUAAAGUAG